CUAGCUAGUGUGUUGACUGGUUUUGUUGACUGUGUGUCCACACAGGGUCUGGUACUCGGCGUUUAUGAGAGCGAGAAGGAGGACGACUCUCUCCAUCUAACUGAAUCAGCAGCUGGUGUCGACAGAGUUCUGUCUGGUAAACUGACUGAGCUGCUGAAGAUAUCAGGACCAGCUCUGAAGAAAGGGAAGAGCAGAACAUUCUACGGUCUCCAUGAGGACUUCCCGUGUAUAGCAGUAGUUGGUCUAGGGAGGAACUCUCUGGGUGUGUGUGGAACAGAGUACUGGGACACCUGUAAGGAGAACAUCAGGGCUGCUAUAGCAGGAGGCUGUCGGGUUCUCCAGAACCAUGUGUUGACCCAUAUCGAGGUGGACGGAUGUAAUGACAGCCAGUCAGCAGCAGAGGGAGCUGUUCUUGGGCUGUUUACUUACGAUGACCUGAAAACCAAGAAGAAGACCAAAGUCACCACACAGCUGCAUGGCAGUGGAUGUGUGUCUGGCUGGGAGAAGGGCGUGUUGUACGGAGAGGGGCAGAACCUGGCCCGUUACCUGAUGGAAGCUCCAGCCAAUCAUGUCACUCCGUCAGUCUUCGCUGACACCAUCACAAACAGACUGGCUCCCUACGCCGACCACGUCACCGUCCAUAAGAGGUCUCAAGAGUGGAUAGAGGAGCAGCAGAUGGGAGCGUUCCUCAGUGUUUCUAAAG